CUCAACUGAGGAACUGAGGCACUGAGUGAGACACACAGAGAUUAAGAAAACAGACAGCAGAGAGAACAACAUGUGACAGGGAAGGAACUACCCGAACAGUGACAUUUUUACUUUGUAUGGGAGGCAGGAAAGGAGACUACCUGUGGAGAUGGGAAGUACCACCCUCCCAGUGUACCUCAAUGUGAGUGUGGGACUGAACAACUCAUCAUCAGACCCUGCUAAGAAUGAGGAGGGUUAUAGUGAAGCGACCAUGAUCGUGCUGGGCAUGAUCAUGUCCUUACUCGUCCUGUGCAUUGUCUUUGGAAACAUCCUGGUCAUCACAGCCAUCGCCCGCUUCCAGCGUCUCCAAAAUGUCACCAACUGUUUCAUCAUAUCCCUGGCCUGCGCUGACCUGGUCAUGGGUCUCAUUGUGGUUCCUUUCGGUGCCUGCUACAUCAUCUUUAAGACCUGGCACUUUGGUAGUUUCUGGUGCGAGUUCUGGACUGCCACUGAUGUUCUCUGUGUGACUGCAAGCAUCGAGACCUUAUGUGUCAUAGCGAUAGACCGUUAUUUGGCAAUCACCUCUCCAUUCCGUUACCAGUCGAUGCUGACCAAGUGCAAGGCUCGCAUUGUGGUUGUGCUGGUGUGGGUGAUUGCCGCCUUGAUAUCUUUUCUGCCCAUCCACAUGAAGUGGUGGAUAUCAAACGAUUUGGAAGCUAAGGAGUGCAUUGAAGACAUCAACUGCUGCGAGUUCCACACCAAUACGGCUUACGCCAUCACCUCCUCUAUCAUCUCCUUCUACAUCCCUUUGGUCAUCAUGGUUUUUGUCUACAGCCGCGUUUUCCAGGAGGCCAAACGCCAACUGAAGAAGAUUGACCAGAGUGUUGGACGUUUUCACAACAGCGACAACAGCAACCUCACAUCUUUAGAGGCCAACAACGGGCGUGGCAAUAAGAAGGCCAAGUUUUGCCUACGGGAACACAAAGCCCUAAAGACAUUGGGCAUUAUUAUGGGGAUCUUCACUCUAUGCUGGCUGCCCUUCUUUCUGCUCAACGUGGUGGUGGCCAUAUGGAAGGUGGAGGAUAUUGACCUCACCUUCAAGAUACUAAACUGGAUAGGUUACGCAAACUCUGCCUUCAACCCGCUCAUUUACUGCCGGAGUCCUGAGUUUAGGUACGCCUUCAAGGAAAUCCUUUGCUUGAAGAGGAACCGCCUCAGCAACACAGGGCCCAUGAACGGAUACAUCUACAGCAGGCACAGCUGGCAGAGCGAGCAGCAAGGAAGGAGCAAGGGCAGCUUGGAAGACAGUGACAAUAAUGAGGGGUGUCAGGGGAAAGGAGCGGGCGUCUGCAGCAUUAUGGACAGAGCUGUGGACCCCAACGGGAAUUGCAAAAAAGGCCUAUCAACUGUUACGACUGGUCUAUGAACUUGGAUCCCUGAGACUUCUGUCAACGGGGCGAUCCAGACAUGUUUACACUACCAUCAUAAACGUUUUCCCAAUUGACUAAUGAAGGUAAGGUCAGUCGAAAUGACUGCUAAAGACUGCUCAACAGAAACUGUUAUAACCAGCUGAGGGAAGUGUUUUUCUUCUUUUUAACACUUUUUUUUGUAGGUAGACCACUUUUACUUUUGUUACAAUGCUCAUGUUGAACUUCCAUCUACCUCAUCACAUUUUUUUAACAUGUAUUUCAUAACUGAGUAUUUAAUAUUACUGUCACCCUGUCUGUCUACACUGUGGCAAUAUCUCAGCUGUAAAUGUAUUUUGCUACAGUGUGCAUUAUAUAAUUGCAGGUUAUCUGGCUCAUAUUGAAUUUGAGGGCACAUUUUUUGUCUCAGAGGUUUUGGCAAAAGAUCCCACAAUUUAUUAGCGUAAAAGUAUUUUUGGUAUUCAAAGUAAAUGAAUUCAGAGGCUGUAAAUUCCAUUACGGCAUGCCAAUUCGGCAUGAACCGUGAGUUAUUUCCAUCAGAUGAGGAGCAUGGAAGGAUCAAACUCAAUGCCUCCUUGGUGCUUUGUUUGAAGAAAUACAUUCCAAAUCAACCCAAAUUAUGACUUGGCUUUGUCUGGGUUUUUUGUUGUUGAUGAUAUGUCAUAGUGUGAAAGGUGAUCAUCAACAGGUGUGGCAGAACCUGUCUGUCUGUAUGUCUGUCUCUCUCUCUUUCUCUCUCCGUCUCUCACUGCUCAGCAAUGUGGUGAGGCCCUGCUCCCUGCUCUAGUGUUUUACAACCUGUUGCAUGCAUGUUUCCGUUGCCAGCAGAUAGCACUAGAAAUAUGAAGUAAUCUACAUCUACCUUAUGUGAGAUGAGAAACACCUGAGGCCAUCCUGUGAUAGGUCAUAUAUUGAAACCUGAAAAUUUGGAUAAGUUGUAUCAACCAGAUUCCAUUAUCUGCCCAACAGAUAUCUAAUAUCUUUAAAGGCAGAGCACAUGGCAUUAAUGUGGUUCAUCUUGGGUAUUGACCUUUAAAGAUUGCAGCUGUUUUCUGAAUUCAAGUCCUAUCUUGCAUUUAGUCUAUUUAUGUGACAUUUAAAAUGUUAUUUGGCACAUUAUAUUGCAAAUAAGGAAAACUAUGUGAGUAUUUCCUGUCCGUUAUAUCUGUUAGUUGCAGCAGACAGAGAAGUCCUGUUUGUUUGUUAAAAUGUCUGGUUGCUGUGACUCAGCACUGUGUUUACUGAAACCAGAGAGUCUGUUUCCUAAGUCCUGGAACAAGUGUACAACCCCAACCAACAAUAAACAAAAAGUCAAGCGAUAACAGAGUUCCAGGCCCGAGACUGUCACAUACUCAAACUGAGACAGAAAAGAAGAUGAGAUAAACAGUCCUGAGUGCACCUUUGUCACUGUUCCCUGACAUUUGCCAGAGUCUACUCACUUUAAACGGAUGUCUACAUCUUUAUGAAAUCACUCUCACAUUUGGAAAAGAAACUUAAGAGUCCAUUGAGCAGUGCCGCAGCUGCUCCAGUUGUUUCAGUCAGUCUACUAUAGACACUGCUCGGUCUGCUGACUCCAGGAAAUGCCCCCAAUCCAGCUGAGCCCAGCCCAAUAAACAAGAAUAAAUUCAUUAUGUCUGCCGUUUAGCUGGAGAAUCAGAUAAAGCCCUCCGAAGGACCACUGGAAUGGAUUAGUACAUUACAAGUUUACAAUUCCCAAUUCAAUGAAAAGUUGUGAUGAGAUCCAAAGAGCAAACCUGAAAUAACUAUCUUUCUUAUCACCUGUUUCAAUACUCUUGAGAAUGUUCAAUCUUGAAGGCAAGCAUUAAUGGAAAAUAAGUGCUUUGGAUGCAGGCGAUUGAAUUGUUCAAUCCACCGACUUUCCCAUUACUAAAUUAUAGGUGUUGCAGGUGUAACCCCUUUUCCCCAGUCAAUGUGGGGAUCUCUAUGUUCUGAUUCAAGUGACAGCAUGCUAAAUGUGGCUACUGUAGGCAGGAGGGGGAGCAGGGGUUCUCCGCCAGUCUAAAUCGGUGUUAGUGACCUGUGUUUUAGUGCAUGUAGCGUUAAGGUCAGCUGACAGUCAAAACUGUGAACUUUGUUCCCUCAGCAGUAUCCAUAUGUACUGUAUCGCUAGGUUUGGUAAGCACUGGUGUCACAGACUUUAGGAUUAGACGUAAAUACGGUGUCAUCUUACGUCAAUGUUUGCCAUGUGAAAAACAAGCUUUCCAGUGUGUUGAUCUUUUUUUCAGUUUUUUUUCUUCAUGGAUUUACAGCAAAGUAAAUUCAGGGGUUGAAUGUCAUAACAAGCGCUCUCCAGGGUUUUAACUCUCUAACUUUUUAACUGUACGGGAUGCACAAAACUGAAAAAUAUUCUAGACCAAUAUUUUGAAAAGUAACUAUUGUAUUUAUUCACUCACAGUUAAUAAAUGCAUGACCCUUAAAUACUGAGUCACUGCUGGAUAAAAAAAGUUCUGUAUUUAAGGCCUGUCAUUUUUUUAAAGCACUUUGCAAAUGAUCAUUUGCACGUCUGCGUUGUGUAUUUGUGGUGUUAUGUUUGUGAACUAAGGUGCCAUUUCCUUUCAUAGUGAUCUGUUUUAGUCCAACUGAAGUGGGUUGUUACCUAUAUAUCCACACUGCUCCCUCCUGGCAGUGGCCUCUCCUUGCACCUCAGCUAUAGAGUUAGACACGGUAACUGUUUCAUCAUCACUCCUGUAUAAUUAGGAAUGUAGUUCAUGUUCUCACCCACUCAUGCUGGAGGACACAAUAGAGUUACAUGCAAUGAGUUUUGAGUUAUUAGCUGACACUACAACAUUCCAAGUACAGCUGAAGUUUGUCUACUGAUGCAUACAAUGAACAGUAUGUCCCAGCAAAGGUUGACCUGAGAAAAACAAUCUUAUCCAUUUGUAUGUUUGUACCAUUGCUGGAAACAUAGAAGAUUGUUUUUAAAGUGGACUCUGUGUGGUUUGAGGGGAUUUAUUACAAUGUGGCACAGAGAAUAACAUCUUUUAUUCAUUUUAAUAUGAUCAAGUCUCAAGAUUAGGUUGGUAAAGCAGCACUACACUGUAUAGCACUUUCAUGAAACUUUUGUUGAAUUAUUAAACAAUUGAAUCUAAGCUCGAGUUCAUGAACCGUAAACAAUUACUGGCAGGAGAGUUCAAUUGUACUAGCUUUGUGGAAGUCCUUUUUUCCUGUUUGCAGCUAAAAGUCAAAAUGUUGACAGAAAGGUAGUCGAAAGUGAACUGUUCUGAAAAAUGUAUGUACGUGAAAAUGGAUAGGCUAUUGCUGUGGCUUUCAUUUGAAAAAUGGACCUAUGACAUGUGAAGCUUUUUCGAGUGAAAAAAACGUGUCACUCAGCUGAAUGUUUACUAAAUGUUUGCAAAACCAAUUUCGCACAAGUUUUUGUCCUUAUUUGUUACGGUAUUGAAGCCUGUUACAUGUGAUGCCCUGUGGUAUUUAUAAAAAAGGAAAUGUAUGUGCUGUGACAUUUGUAUUAGAAUAAAUAAUGUACAUGUUGAAUGUAA